GUAAGUUGCGAUAUUUAAUUUCGAAGCCGUUACACUGUGGGAUGUGCUGCUGUUGAUGUUUUACUGUAAAUAGAAUCAACUUGAAAUAUCUCCCAACGUUUGCGAUCUUAUGAACUCCAUCGUUUAUUUCAACACGGCUUUUUCGACUUCUUGCAGUAGAAAAUGAUCCGUAGAGCGGUAGAGUCAUUUAGUUGUCUUAGCCAUUUGUGACCAUUUUUACCCCUUCCUGUACGAACAGCGACGCUAUCUCUGUGAUUUUAUUCCGCCAUUGUAAAGGAUAUUAAAACUGGUGUAUUAUGAACCGCAGAACUGUUGUACUGAUCGUGCUGCUAAUUGCGUACUGUAGUACUCGAGACUCUUACUCCGUCCAUGCUCUCAAUUUGCCACGCCUUCGCUUCGGAAGAGAUAGCUUUUCCACUGUUUUGGAUAUUACCGAGCCUAAAUACUGCUGGGUGUAUCGUGAUGAGCAUUUCCUUGAUGGAUCUUUUCGUGAUAGGAUCAUCAUAGAUGGAGGCUUUGGCUUAUGCAUGAACGACACCGAGCUUGCGACUCGUUGUGCCAGUCUUGGACAGAACCACACCAAAGAAAAUAUAAAAUGUGAAAUCUGUGAUGUUCGCUCGGAGUCGUGCUGCUAUGGCAGACCCAUUCUCUGGCCAAACACCCGCGAGAAUUUCAUGAGCUCUGCGUUAGACAAACUGGAACCGCCCACGAGCUGUUGCAUAUCGCCACCGUUCACACCGCCGCCACCCCCACCCCCGUCGCCGCCCACUGUUCCUCCGGAGCCUCCCACUCUUACCCCAAAAACCACCACCGAGAAAACUACAAGCACACCAACACCAUUCACGGGCACUACAACCCCAACUCUAACCCCGACGCUAACUCCACCGACCACAUCUUCGCCGGGAACGACCACCACAUCCAUAACGCCUCCGAGUACAUCCACCACUACGAAUUCAACAGCGACCACUGGGACAUUCACUCCACCAAUAUGGUCGUCGACGACAUCUUGGUGGCCCACGACCACUCCUCCCACGCCAAACACGACCCUGACAACGCCAUACCCUCCAACCAACACGACUACAACGCCACCAUCACCACCGCCACCACCGUGUAAUACAACCUCUACCACCACUUCGCCUCCGCCCAACAUUACCACAACAGCCACUCCACCACCCAUUACCGUACCUACGGGCUCCACCACACCGUCGUUACCACCCACCACCGGGACGGGUACAUACCCACCACCUAGCCGCUCUUCGACACCGUCGAUUCAAGCACUACUGAAGCGGGACUUAUCCACCCGCAACACGACCACACCGUCGUUGCCACCACCGGAACGGGGACAUAUCCUCCACCUGGCAAAACCGACACCGCCGCCUCUGCCACCACCGAGACGGUGCCAUCCCGUCGUCAACGCCGUCAAUCCGCCACCAGCAGUAACCAUAACCCCAACCACGACCACACGUAUUACCACCUCCACCAAUGUUCCUCCGCCAGCCACUACACCGAACACCACCGCCCCGCCCUGUGACGACAGUGUUCCUAAUCCACCCUUGCCGCUGUAUCCGAGAUGCGGUGUCGUACUGGACCCGACAUACGCCACCCCCGACUGCUUUCUUGUUGACAUCGGCUUCUAUGUGACACCUUCCUGUAAUCCCUUCGAAGCCCAGCGCUGGAAGAGGAACGGAAACAGCCAUGUCGGCGUAAUAAUCAACGACACCGCUGUAUUAACGGUCGCCAGUGGUCUACGCGAUCCCAAAACCCGCAAAGCUAUGGCCAACAUCGCGGUUCGCGCCACCUCCGGCUCAGCAGAAAUAGAGGCCCAGUAUAUUCUGGCCAAGCGGAUGUUCUUCCAGGACGAUCACCUCCGCGCCACCAACCGCUACCCGAACCGUCUUUUCGUCCUCCUGGAACUGGAGCAACCUAUCAACAUGGAGCGCGCCUGUCCACAAUUCCUACGAUAA